AUGAAUGUCGUGUGUUUUUUUUGCUUCGGUUCGUUGAUCUCGAUGAUGGCAAUCAUAAGUAUUAGUUGUUUCAUGUUGAACAUCUUCCUUAUCCUUACAUAUUACUCAUAG